UGGGGAGGGACCUUGGCGCUCAAAGUGUAGGCUUCCACCAGGGGAUUACGAAGUAGAAGUCCGUUUUAGGUGGCGUUGUGAAUCUGCAGUGUGUGCUAAAAUCAUUCGGUUAAUCUGGCAGCAUUUGGAAAUAGUGUGCGUUUCUUCUCUUUCCAAAUCCUCGCUGUGUUGUUUUCUGAUUUGCUAAGACAAAGAAAGGAGGGUUCCGAGCACUCCCCCCACCCCCAACUCAGCUUCAUCCUGGCACCCACGCUAGUCCUCAGUGCCAGCUGAGUUCCUGCAGAUUUUCCAGGACUCCCCCGUGCCGCCGGGUUCCCUAGACAUGCCCAGGUCCUGCACGCCCUCUGGGACUCAGUUGGCCCGAAGUGGCGUGGCCCAGCAAGCCUCCAGCCCGGCCUCCCUCUCCUCAACAGCUCCCCGAGGCAGCUGACUUGGCCCCUCUCCGGCCUGCCCGCUCCUGAGGUUCCCGCCACUGAGAUUCUCUCAGAGGAAGGCUUUCCAACGACCGAAACUCCACCCUCGCCGGGGGCCGGUUCCGAAUAGGCUUUCGGCGUCAGGCCCACACCUCCUUCAAAGUUAGUCAAAGUCUCUUUCUUGGAGACCCAAGCUCUCUCCCUCUCGCUGGUGGUGAAGGCGUUAGCAGCCCCGGCCCUGGCAUCCCGGGGCCCAUGGGCUCGGGGAGGGGCGGGGUGGCAGGCGUUCGGAGCGCCGGCCGCCCUGACACCUGUCGUGGGCGCGCUCGGUCGCUGUAGCCCCCAAACAGCUGGCGGCGGCGGUCGAGACUGGGGCCCGGCAGGAGCGGAAGGAAUUAAACGCCCGCCCAUCGAAUCUGACUCGGCCUCUCCCUCCUCCUCCUCCUCCUCCUCCUCCUUCCCCUUCGUCGUCGCCUCCUCCCUGUCCCCACCGGCUCCGCGGCGGGACGCUGGUGCCCCGGACGCUUUGCACCGCGCUCUGGGCGCAGGGAGCAGGGCUCGAGUCCAGGGGCUGCCCGACGAUGGCGGUAAAAUAGGGGGACCCCAGAGAGGCGCCACGACCCCAGCCUGAGCCCCAGAGCCCGCCACUCCUCCCCCGGUGGCGACAUGGGGGACCCGGUGAACCGCGAGAAACCGCAGCUGCACUAUGCGAAACUGGAGGAAUGACCUGCCACGUGGAUCAGUGGGGAGAAGUACAGGAGAAGUUCCAGGGGGUGAUUUCACCUGGAACAGUAUGUCGGGCCGCAGCGUGCGGCUGAGGUCAGUGCCCAUCCAGAGCCUCUCAGAGUUGGAGCGAGCCCGCCUACAGGAAGUGGCUUUUUAUCAGCUGCAGCAGGACUGUGACCUGAGUUGUCAGAUCACCAUUCCCAAAGAUGGACAAAAGAGAAAGAAAUCUUUGAGAAAGAAACUGGAUUCACUCGGGAAGGAGAAAAACAAAGACAGAGAGUUCAUCCCGCAGGCGUUUGGAAUGCCCUUAUCCCAAGUUAUCGCAAAUGACCGGGCCUAUAAACUCAAGCAGGACUCGCAGAGGGACGAGCACAAGGAUGCCUCCGAUUUUGUGGCUUCCCUCCUCCCAUUUGGAAAUAAAAGACAAAACAAAGAACUCUCAAGCAGUAACUCAUCUCUCAGCUCCACCUCGGAAACACCAAAUGAGUCAACGUCUCCCAAUACCCCGGAGCCGGCUCCUCGGGCCAGGAGGAGGGGUGCAAUGUCAGUGGAUUCUAUCACCGAUCUUGAUGACAAUCAGUCUCGACUGCUGGAAGCAUUACAGCUCUCCUUGCCUGCUGAGGCUCAAAAUAAAAAAGAAAAAGCCAGAGAUAAGAAACUCAGCCUGAAUCCUAUUUACAGGCAGGUCCCCAGGCUGGUGGACAGCUGCUGUCAACAUCUUGAAAAACAUGGCCUCCAGACAGUGGGGAUAUUCCGAGUUGGAAGCUCAAAAAAGAGAGUGAGACAACUACGUGAGGAGUUUGACCGUGGGGUUGAUGUCUCCCUGGAGGAGGAGCACAGCGUCCAUGAUGUGGCUGCCUUGUUGAAGGAGUUCCUGAGGGACAUGCCAGACCCCCUGCUCACCAGGGAGCUGUACACAGCUUUCAUCAACACCCUCUUGCUGGAGCCAGAGGAACAGCUGGGCACCUUGCAACUCCUCAUCUACCUGCUACCUCCCUGCAACUGCGACACGCUCCACCGCCUGCUGCAGUUCCUGUCCAUCGUGGCCAGGCACGCCGAGGACAACGUCAGCAAGGACGGCCAAGAGGUCACUGGGAACAAAAUGACAUCUCUAAACUUGGCCACCAUAUUUGGACCCAACCUGCUGCACAAGCAGAAGUCAUCAGACAAAGAGUUCUCAGUCCAGAGUUCGGCCCGCGCUGAAGAGAGCACAGCCAUCAUUGCUGUGGUGCAGAAAAUGAUUGAAAAUUAUGAAGCCCUGUUCAUGGUUCCCCCGGAUCUGCAGAAUGAAGUGCUGAUCAGCCUGUUAGAGACCGAUCCGGAUGUGGUGGACUAUCUACUCAGAAGGAAGGCCUCCCAGUCUUCAAGCCCUGACAUGCUGAGGUCGGAAGUCUCCUUUUCCAUGGGAGGAAGGCACUCGUCCACAGACUCCAACAAGGCCUCCAGCGGAGACCUCUCCCCUUAUGACAACAACUCCCCUGUGCUGUCUGAGCGUUCCCUGCUGGCUAUGCAAGAAGACGCGGUGCCGGGGGGCUCAGAGAAGCUUUACAAAGGGCCGGAGCCGUGUGUGCGCCGGGUGGGCCUCUUGCCCUCCUCGAAGUCGAGGGAGAGUUCUCCUGGACCAAAGCUUGGCAAAGAUAUGGCAGAGGAGGCUUUCAAUAUCUGGGGAACCUGGCAUUCAACAUUAAAAAGUGGAUCCAAAGACCCAGGAAUGACAGGUUCCUACGGCGACAUUUUUGAAAGCAGCUCCCUCCGCCCGGGGCCCUGCUCCCUGUCUCAAGGGAACCUGUCCCCCAAUUGGCCCCGGUGGCAGGGAAGCCCCACAGAACUGGACAGCAGUGCGCAGGCUAUUCAGAGGACUCAGACCACGAGCCCGGCGGCCGAGGAGAGGGCGCACGCCCCGGUGGCCCGCGUCUGCAGCACGCCCCACAUCCAGGGCGGCGGGCAGCCCACCCCGAGGCCGAGGCCGGAGCCGAGCUGGACUCUGAGCAGCGCAGAGGACCUCACCGAGAGCGAGCCAGAGGGGGCCUGGCCGCAGAGGAGAGCCAAGCCUCUGCCCCAGAGACCUGCAGAGGGUACCAGGCACGACAAGCGGCCUCCUCCUCCUUAUCCUGGUCCAGGAAAGUCAACCGUAGCAUCCCCGGCCCACCAAGCCGCCGAGCCACCGCUGUGGAGGCCGCGGAGGCUGGAAGAAGGCUCCGGAACAGCUUCGCAGGAGGGAAGUCAAACAGUCGAGCCGCAGCGAGGGCACCAGGCCGCCCAGCAGAAAGCGAGCAGCGCCUACCCCAGUCCCGCCGGUGAUCAGAACAGUAAGACCUUGGGGGAACCCAACUGGCUCGACUGGCAGAGGGAGCGAUGGCAGAUCUGGGAGCUCCUGUCCACCGACAACCCCGAUGCCCUCCCGGAAACGCUGGUCUGAGCCCCCCACGCUCACCCCUCACCUCCCAAACAGCCUUCUUCCACUCAGUAGGGGAAAAUGUGGGUGUUGGACAAUUGGGCACUUACUUGUUUUUCUUCUUUUACACUUAAAAAAAAAUAAACACGAGAAAAGUCAGUUCACUUAAAGUUAGAGCACCCUAGGACCCUAACCCUUUAUAAUAAGAUUCUAUUGCAUAGCCAGCCUUCAGAAUAAAACAAAAAUGUAUGCUAACGUCCGAUCUAAAAGCUAUUCACAUUGGCUCUGUAUAAGAUAAAAUUCUCGCUUUGGUAUAGCUUAAUUGUAUUUAUGUGUCUUCAGUUUUGACUCCUGUAUAUUCUGUAACAGAUUAUGUAUGAUAAUCCUAUAUGUUAUAUUCACAGAAAACAGAAGGAACACAUUUUUUAGUCACUUAUUCUAAGUAAUGAGAUUCUAUAGAAUGUUCUAGAAUAUGCACAAGCGGGUUUCUGUGCUUUUGCCAUAGCUUUUAACUGGGGACAGCCCUUCUUUCAAUGCCUAAGAAUAACACUAACAAAGCAAAAUAGAACAGAAUAUGAGAAGCCAUAUUUUUAUAUAGUAGUGAGAUACAAAAAGAAUGUAGUCACUGAAUGCUUUUUCAUACUGAAUAUGUUUUAAGGAAAAUAUUAAAUUUGAUACAUUAUGGAAUAUAUUUUUAGAAUCUGUUUAGAAAGAAGUCAGUUAAUGAAACAAGAGAAAGGCCGUGCCUGACAAAGAAAGAAUAAUUAAGAACUUGUCCUUCCCAUUUUAGGUCAAAUUCAACUUUAUAUAGACCAUAUAUAAUAUAUAUUUAUAAUGUACGAUUUCUAUGUAUUUUUCAAAACUAUAAACUGGAAUCCAACUAUUAAGUGUUUGAGUGAAAAGAGAGUAUUCAAAUUACAGAACAUGGUUUUUCCUUUUGCCCCAUCAUCAGUGUUAACCAAAUUAUAUGCAGUGCUUUGUGAAGUAAAUCAUAUUUGGAAAAAAACAGAGCUCUGUAUUUACACUGUGCCAAAGGCUGAGGAAAUGUUUUCUUUGGUAAUUUUCUGUGUAAUGUAAAAUGUUCCUACCAUACUUCAGCAGUAAAUUUGAAGUUUUUCAACUGCAAAGCAAUUUUUGACCAGCAGGUGGCAAUUUGCUUCUGUAUUUUAUGAGAUUUUUUUUUUUUCACUUCAUAAGGGAAUGUGUAUCAUAGAAAAAGAUUUUUUUUUUUAUAAAACAUGAUACUCUUAAUUUUCAUAUUGGCGAUGACAUUUUCAGUGGUGUUUCUUCAAGUUCUUACUUGUGCCAUAAUGAAUAAAAAGUUAAAGCAAAGGCUUUGUUCAAUGGCAUUAAAUCUCAUGAAUGAACCCACACACCAUUCCACAUACACACUUCCCUAUCUACAAGUCCAAAUGUAAUGAAUAGUGGCAGUACUAUCCACAUACAGCUGCUGCUGCUAAGUCACUUCAGUCACGUCCGACUCUGUGCGACCCCAUAGACAGCAGCCCACCAGGCUCCCCUGUCCCUGGGAUUCUCCAGGCAAGAACACUGGAGUGGGUUGCCAUUUCCUUCUCCAAUGCAUGAAAGUGAAAAGUGAAGGUUAGGUCUCUCAGUCGUGUCCAACUCUUAGCGACCCCAUGGACCGCAGCCUACCAGGCUCCUCUGUCCAUGGGAUUUUCCAGGCAAGAGUACUGGAGUGGGGUGCCAUUGCCUUCUCCGAUCCACAUACAGCUAAAGAGCUAAUAAAAAGUCCUAGGUGGCUUGGAGACAUAACCCAGUGAAAUUGAUAUUUGUUGCAAGUGAAGGUUGAUUGUCAUCCAUUUGAAACUCAGUUGUUGAUGAGGAAGUAGAUGGGAACUCGGGUGGUUUCCCACGUGGUGGACAAGUGUUUCCCAACACAAUCCUUGUAUAUUAUAUCUACACUACAGGCCUUGGAUGCUCCUUCUGUUUCAGGGUUGGAAUGAUGAAGUCUAGAAAUGCUGUCUGACAUUUCUUAACUGGGGCCUGGGGGGCGGGCAGUGAUAGGUGUCUUCGGGCUCUGCCCUUGGGUCCAGCACUUCUACCACUGGCAGGAAUGUGGGAAGGAUUUGCCUGCUGGCCUCUGGCUCUUUCUGGCUGCCCCCACACAGCCCAGAGUUGCAAACAAGACCCAGAGCAAAUGCUGCCUGAUUGUAGAUCACAGGUUGCUUUCCCAUGCCACCUCCCCUCGUCCUCCUCCUGUUGACGCUGUAUUUUCUUGGCUUUGAAUUUAACCCCCGUCUGGCUAGUUCUCUUUCUCCUUUUUGGACUCAACUACCUGAUAUAUGGGACUGCCCCGCCCCCCACCGCCAAGUUUUUGCCCUAACAGUCCUAUUUUUUUAAAACUGCCAGAUCAGAUGGCCCUGAGGUAGAUGUCUGUGUCUUAAAAGGUAAAGUAUGUUUAGCUAUUAAUGGUCAGAUCUAGAAUAGUCCAGAAAACAUGGCUCAGAAUAUUUUUAUGUAAUGCAAUUGUGUGUGUGUGUGUGUGUGUGUGUGUGUGUGCUGUGCCAAUAUAUGCCCAUGUAUGUCCAUGUAAUGAACAAUAUUCACUCUCCCUCUCUCUUUAGAUGGUUUAGACCAGUGGCCAUAUUGUUAACUCAGUGAGUGAAAGCUUGUUUCUCAGAUGCCUUUAUCACAUUGAAAAUAAGCUGUUCUAAAACACACACACACAAGGCACAAAGACCCCAGUCAAAGUCAGAGUCACUUCUAACACCUUGUAAGUGAUAGAAUACCUGACAAGAAAAAAAAUAAUAAACUCUUUCAAGUUGGACAAAGCUAUUUAAAAGGCUGUAGAGGUCACUCAUUCCUAGGAGCAAAGAGAUCCUACAGUCAACGCAGCACUGUUUAUAAUAGCCAGGACAUGGAAGCAACCUAGAUGCCCAUCAGCAGAUGAAUGGAUAAGGAAGCUGUGGUACAUAUACACCAUGGAAUAUUACUCAGCCAUUAAAAAGAAUUCAUUUGAACCAAACCUAAUGAGAUGGAUGAAGCUGGAGCCCAUUAUACAGAGUGAAGUAAGCCAGAAAGAUAAAGAACAUUAGAGCAUACUAACACAUAUAUAUGGAAUUUAGAAAGGUGAUAACGAUAACCCUAUAUGCAAAACAGAAAAAGAGACACAGAAAUACAGAACAGACUUUUGAACUUUGUGG